AUGGGAACUAGAAAAUUGGACAUAUCGCUUGUUUUUGUUUGUUGCUCGAAUAUAAUUUUCUUAAUAUCGGGUUUCAUGCUAAUGUCCUUAGGAGGAUUAUUAUUAGCCGAUAAUGAACGGAUUUUAUUAUCGCGCCUAUUAGGACCUGGUGAUAUUCAUCCUGAUCAACCGCUCUUUUAUUAUUUGGCAUUCGCUAUAGUUACAUUAGGAUUUCUUAUUGCUAUUAUUGGACUUCUUGGAUGCUGGGCGGCUUGUCUCUUUAAUCGUUGCAUUACAAUCUCCUAUCUCUUAACAAUAAUAUUAUUGCUGCUCGGUGAGUGCAUCGUGUGCAUUAUCGCUGUUUUUUGGCCUCAUAUACUGGGGAUCGAUGUAAGACCGGCACGUUUGAUACGCGCUUUACAACGUAGUUAUGCCGUACCUGGACGCGAGCAAUUUACGGCUGCACUCGAUCUUGCACAAACAAUAUUCACUUGUUGUGGCAUAAACGGAAGCAGCAAUUAUGGGACAUCGUGGUGGCGACUGCAGGAAGUCAGCCGCAGAGAAUUAGUGGUACCUCUCAGUUGCUGCACCCUGAAUAACGCCAAUGAAACGGGCUCCUUCCUCAACCCCGAACCUGCCAAUCUCACUCUCUGCCAGGCUCUGAACCCUGCCGAACAUCAAUACGCCCGACAUACUAUGGGAUGCCUUGAACACAUCGAGAAAUGGACGCAGGAUCAAACCUUGAUCUUGCUGGCCAUCGUAUUAGUCGUCAUGUUCGUCGAAGUCAUGACGCUCCUCAGCAUACUUCUCGCAUGCUCCCGUGAUAAUAGGAAAAGUAAAUCACAAGCGUCGACUUUCACCUCCACGCAGACUUUAAGCCCAUUCAACGAAAAUGAUCACGAUUUUAAGGGCAGCGAAGAACGGACAGCAGUUGACAUCAAGGACACGAAUAAACGAGAAACGUGCGACGAUACUAAAUAUAAUGGAUUAGCAACGACUGGAAAGAGUAUAAUUGAGGAAUGGCGAAAUCCUCCGAAAUACUCCGAAGAUUUGCUGCGAAGCGAUCAAAUGUAUGAAGAACGAGCGGUCGACGUUGUAAUCGACAAUCGUCCUCCAUUGAAUCUUUCUAAGAGACACCCGCAAUACGCGUCAAAGAUCGCAGACAAUAACACGAAUAAAAAUAACAACGAUGAUGAAUUGAUUAAGAUUAAAAGACCACAAGGUGGUGGCACAGUUAGAAGCAUUCCUAUUAAAGAUUAUCAGGCGUCGAUCGCGCAUAACAUCGGUACUUUGAGGCGAUCCGUAGCACCUCAAUCGCAAUUCGAGUCUCUAGUAUCCGAACCUGAGAAGAGUGUUUAUGUGCCGUUAAGAAAAAGAAUUCCUCUAACUAACAACUUGCAUCAUCGAUCCGCACCGCAGACUACGUGCAUCGCCGCGCAAACCCUGAAAACUGAUAACGUUCGAAAGAAAUCUUGUUGCUUUUGCGACAGUCAGCACAAUUCGCGCGGUUUCUGUUACGCUAACACUGAUUCAAGCAAGCACGUUAAAGACAUUCGAUACUUUAAUGAGACGGAGGAUCAACGAUCUCAGGAUGGUUCCGAUAUAGAUGAAUAUUUUCACAGGAGUUCACAUGGAAAAUUCUCGAACGAUCAUCGGGUUUUGAGAAACACGCGCGAAUCUUCGGGAACGGUAACGGUGACCGGUACGAAGAAUGAGAAAGCGAAAGCAGAAGAGGAGGAAGCGGAAGCGCAAUUAGCAGAAGGUCACGUUGGUCAGAAGAUAUCGGUUUAUGAACGGAAUACUCAACGUAGUUUGCGCGGUGCCAAUCCCAGAUAUCGAUCGCCCUUCGAGAUAAAAGGAUAUCGUACAAUUGGUGUACCAUUGGUAGGUAUGCACAAUGCUUGCGGUUUACCUGUCGUGGCUUCCUGGCACGAUCAUGAGCUUCUGGAUUCUCUGCGAAUCAACCGCAAGCUCGCAAAAAUCACAGGAUCCAUUUACAAGAUUCCUCGCACGAUUCCGAACGUGCGACAACGGACGCAACCGAGACGAAAGGUACUACAAUCGGACCGCGGAAUGAUUCAUCCAAGGGACAUUGAUCGUGGCGUUAAAAGAUCGAUGGUCAAAUCAGUGGGAUAUUUGGACGCUAUUAAUAGCAGCGGCAAAUCCAGAAGGAAACAUCAUCGCUCGUCGUUUACCACGGCAAAGGUGGGAUCGCUGUCCUCGAAAAAUUCCUUUAAAAGGAUGCCUAGAAGAUAUGGAAUUAAAACGAAUUCGCUAGUAGAUACCUUCGGUAGAAAAUCAAUUAAAGGAGGAAAUGCGAAACGGACAACUCUGUACGCGAAAGAUGACGGGGAAGAACCGGUACAAGUUCUCAAGAGUUUAUGCUUGAAUCCUUUGGCGCGUGCCAAUCCAGAAACAGACAUAAUGUGGUGA